AUGAAUUCUACAACAGAUGAUGCUUUUCUCCAUCGGCUUCAAUCAAUACCUCAAACUCUUUAUAAUACCGUUGGCUUUAUACUUUUUAUCAUCGGAACAUUUGGAAAUCUACUUGAUAUUAUAUGUUUCUCCCGUCUGAAAAGUUUAAACACGUUAUCCAGUUCAUUAUUCUUACUUGCGUCUUUCUUUGGUAGUGAACUUGUAUUAAUUACUGGGCUUCUUCAGCGUUUUAUUUUUGGAGUUACUGGUAACGAUCUUCUAUUUGAUUCAUUAUUCAUCUGUAAAGCUCGUUCGAUGCUUAAGCCAGCGAGUGCAACAUUUUCAAUGACUUGUGUAUGUUUUGCUGCUAUGGAUCGAUACUUUUUUUCAUGUCUUGAUUUACGUCGUCAACGACGCAUUACACUUAAACAAACUCGUUUGAUCAUUACUAUCGCAGUUAUAUUAUGUCUUAUUAUUUUCUCUCCAUAUGCUGUAUUUUACUCACUAACAACUCCAACAUCUUGUUCGGUUGUUAAUUCAAUUUUUGCUUAUAUUCAACCUUGCUUAAGUUUGAUUUUCUACAAUCUGGCACCGGUCAUUAUUCUGAGCACUAUCUGUGCAUUAACUUGGCGAAAUUUAGGACAACAAGUAGCUUUUUAUUUAAGAGGAAAUAAUCGUUACUAUGAUCAAGUCACUCGUCUCAUUAUUGGCCAAAUUAUCGUUAUUGUUGUCACCACUUUUCCGGUUGUCAUCUGGCUAAUUUAUUCGAUUGCAACAAAAAAAAUAUCCAAAAAUUCAGUACGUCUUGCACAAGAGGCUAUCAUUAACUCUGCAUGUGGAAUUGCGGCACAUUGUCCAUAUGCAAUGAUGUUCUACGUCUAUCUGGCUAUAUCGCCCGUAUUUCGACGCAACGUAAAACGCUUGUUCUUACAAACUAAUCAAGUUUUACCACUGAAGAACGUGGAACUCGUCAGAAACUCCAUUUUACAACUAAAACCAAGACAUACGAUCUCUACUAUUUAA